AUGCGUUUGAGCAUUAUUACUGUCGUGGGCCUCGCAAUCGCCCCUGUGUUAGCUAAUUGCCCUUAUGCCCGAGAUGCGGGUACCGAGGUUGACAACAGUGCUAACCUUCAUGCUCACUUGCCUCGCGAUGCCAUUCGAAGCAAGCCAACCACAGGUGUUGCGUCUCCUCUCCCUUCCGCAACAGCUGGGAAAAAAGGUCUGCUGUUGAUGAACCGCAUUGCCCCCGGUACCUCAGAAUUAUACAUCGCCAACGCGGACGGAACCAACGAGCGUCCUCUGUUGAAAGAUCCCGGUUAUGAAUAUCACGCUGAGUUUUCUCCCGACGGUGAAUGGAUUAGCUUCACUAGUGAGCGUGACGGUGAUGGAAACUCCGAUAUCUGGAGAGUGCACCCAGAUGGCUCCGAUCUACAGCCGAUUGUGAAAUCCCCAGCAGCGGAAGACAGCGUUGUCAUCUCACCCGAUGGAACAUUAGCAGCAUAUGUUUCAACUGCUAACAAGUACAACGCUAAUAUUUGGGUUAAGAACUUGGAGACCGGUGCCGAGUGGAACAUCACCGAUACCCCGGCUAACCGACCAGAUGAGGACAUGAUGCACGGGCACUUUCGUCCAGCCUGGUCACCAGACGGAGAUUGGCUUGCAUUUUCCUCAGAUCGCAACACAAUAUGGGAUGGCCACGGAAAACCUACGUAUCUUGGCCUCGCUGGCUGGGAGCAUACCCAAGAACUCGGCAUUUAUAUUAUUCGCCCCGAUGGUUCAGAUCUGCGCCUUGUCGCCCACCGUGCUUCCCACUGCCUUGGGUCUCCCAAAUGGUCACCUGAUGGCAAGCGCCUCAUAUUCUACGAGAUGACUCGUAAUGGGACGUGGGAUGCACAUAGACCUGAGCUCGUGGCAGAUGGUAACUCCACAAUUGUGUCUAUUGGGAUCAAUGGCAUUGACCGUCGAACCGAGGUUGGCGGUCCUGGUAUCAAGACCUUUCCCCAGUACGUGACGAACUCCACCAUUGGGUACCAUCUGAAGGGCGGCGAUAAGGAGGGCUUGUAUCUCACAAACGGUACUUACGUCAACACCACUAUUCGCUCUCCCUCAUGGUCUACUGAUGGAAAGUAUGUGGUUUACGAGAAAGCUGUUUGGUCUAUCCGCCCUCUCUUCAAGGAGCUUUACAGCUGGGAUAGCGAAUGGGAUUACCGCUUCACUGAUAUAUUCCCUCAAUUAUCGUCGAACGACCGCGUGGCUAUGACUGAAAAGCAACUUGGCAACUCCUCCAUUGCAACCUUUGAUCUAGAGGAUAGACAUGCCUCCUUGGUAUAUAAGCCUAAUGAUACGAGUCUAAUCGACACUACUCUAAUUGGAGAAGGCCUGGCCGGGGCCUACAAUCCCAGCUGGUCUCCAGAUGGCGAGUGGAUUGUCUUCGGAGUAGGUGCCUGGUUUGAGGCGCGUGAUUGGCGAGGAGGCUGGAUUUUACGCUCCACCGCAAACGGCAGCCACACCGAGGUCCUCACCACCAGCAAGCUCUUUAUCAAUCAAACCAAGUACCUCAACACCGGCUUUCCCAGCUUCUCGCACGAUGGCAAGAAGGUCGUCUACCGCGUGUGGGGUGCCGAGACCGCCAAGUACGGCGACGAAACAGAGAUUGGUUUACGCAUGAUCGACAUUGAGACCAGAGAGAUUACCCAGCUUACCAGCGGCUGGGAUAACCUUCCCUCUUUCUCGCCCGAUGGUGAAUUUAUAGUGUUUACCCGCAAGGUUUCUCCGACCAACUACGACGUCUGCAUCAUCCGCCCUGACGGUACUGAUUUCCGCAUUCUGACUUCCAGCGGCGCCAACGAUGCCCACGCUGUUUGGCGCCAGGAUGGAAAAAUUAUGUGGUCCUCCGGCAUGUAUGGAUUCCAGUAUGAGUGCGCUUUGUAUGAGGAGACUUUCCAGCCCUACGGUCAGAUCAUGAUCAUGGAUCCCGAUGGAUCCAAUAAGCGUGCUUUGACUAAUUCCAUUUGGGAGGAUUCCAUGCCGCUCUUUCUUCCUAACGAUUGGUUCUAG